CUCGUCUACGACGAAGGCGCAAAUAGAAUUGACACGUCUUUUAAACAUAUACAAGAUUUACAAGCUAUAAAAAUGAAGUUAAGGUUGGUUGAUGUUUCUCUCUUUUUUUUUUACCAAAAAAUUCGCGGCAAUUUUUUUUUCUGAGACAGACUCAGAAUCAAGCACUGACAGAAAAUGAAUGAAACAUGAAAAAAAGUUCAAACUGCUCAAAGUAGAAUACUUCUAGCUUUUACUUACGUAUAAUCAUUGUUAUUGUGAUUACAUUAUCAACUGAAAUUCAUGAAACAAAAAUAUGUGUGAAAAUAUUUGAAGUUCAACUUGAGUGCUUGCUUGAAAUCCACCAUGUCUGAAAACAUAGCAUCUGAGUUGAAAAAUUGGUUUCUGUCUCUCGGAUUUCAAGAUAAAAACGUAUCUCCUGAGCAGAUUGAAGAAGAAUUUCAAAGAUUAUCUCCUCCGGAAUUAAGGGAUAUAUGGCGCAGUGUUAUGAUUCACGUAAUUCCAUCAAAGGAAGUUCGUUACAUAAGGAAUUGGAAAGUCUUGAUGUUACACGAACUGAACAGGUCAAAAACGACCAAAAGGAAAAAACUGUUCAUAACGAAAAAUUCAAAAACCCUUCAAGAGCUCGAACAACUCAAAUCCUUCAAUGAGCUACACGAUAAAUUGAGACAUGUCUCAAUUUGUUAUCAAAAUAUUGCAACUUGUGAAAAUGAGAUCGCUUCAUUCGAAGUUAAAGUGGCUGAAAAAGAACUCGAACGUAAGGAAUUGGUGAAAAAGAAACAAAUGCUCGAUCACACUUCGAUCAUGAUCGAUUUGAAGUUGAGCGAACGAGAAAAAAUGAUCAAAGAGUUAUCGGAGAUGCAUUCCUAUUUGAAUUAUUUGAUUUCGUUUUGGCAAGCCGAAAAGAAUACUCAAGGGGAUGUUAUUAAAGAUCGCGUAGAAAUUGUCAAGGAUUGCCUUAAAAACGUUCACGAUUUUAAUAAACAUCAAAAUAUUUUAUCAGAGAUAUCGAUUUGCUGAAAGAAAAAGCGAGUUUGAUGAACGAUGUUAUACGAUUAAAUGCAAAUAUUCCAAUUUCCAGUUUAUACAAAAUUGUCAUUGAUAUGUUGAAAGAAACGCUUAGCUCUUCGAUAAAGUUAGCAGAUUAUGUUAACUCAGAAAGCUCGUGGCUGAACGAUGCGAAAUUAACCGAACUGAAGAAAAAUUGUGUCCAAUACUUCUUGAAAAAUGUAAACAAUGAAAAAAAUCUCCAAACCCUUCGGGACAAAGUACAGAUUGCCAAAUUAGAAUUAUUCAACGUAUUAAGUGACAAUAACUACAUAUGGGCUUUCAAAAAGAAACUUUCAAAAUAUGGUUUGAAUCAGAGUGCCAAAAACAGUGUAUGGUUACUAGAGAGAAUUAUCUUCGCAAUGAAUUCGAUUUAAUUAAAAAUAAAGCGGAUAAAAUUGUCGAUUACUCGUGCGAAGAUGACAAGGCAAAAUUUUUCGCUGAUUUUUUCGACAUAAACACUCAAACGUGCUUAUCAGAGCCAGACGCUAUGAAACAUAUCAAUCAUUUAUCGGACGAACCAAUAAAUAUUAUGUUUAUUAAAUGCCAGAAUUACUGUAUUACAAAAAUAGAGCUUUUUAUCGAACAAGAAAAUUCGGAAAAAUUGGCGCACUUUGCCGAUUUGCCUUCGCAAAGUUUAACCAAUGAAUUGCUAGGACUUAAGCAGCUCGAAUUACUAAAGGUUUUGAAUAAUGUUUGGUUUUCUGAACUAAACGAAUGCAACAGUUUACCUGAUUCUUCCAUGAAUAUUUGCAUCGAGCAGUGUUAUUAUUUAAUUUAUUUAGCAAAUCUCCACGAAACAUUGGUAAACCAAUUUCAACCAGUCUUCCAUAAAAUCUGGUUCUCUUAUCGACAAAAAACAGCAAAUAAAAGAAGACCAAAGAGAAUUGUUGAACAAGUUGAAAAAAACCAUUCAUGAAGCAAAAACAAAUUUGAAAAAUGUAGAGCAAUAUGCGUCUUAUUGUUCCAAGAAUGUAGAAUUAUGGAUCAAGUUAUCCGCAAAUGAUUGUCCCGAAAGGAAUGAUGGUGGCAAAUCGAGAGUUUGUUGAUUGGAUGAAACGCUACGCAUCUGUUAUUCAAUGCUUACGCCAUAAAAACGUUAAUAAUAACAAAACUGUUUUUUAAGACGCUGGCAUCCUCGUGAAUCAAUUUUUGUACGCGUGUAAAAGAUUAUUUAUUCUUUUUCUCCCAAAUACUCGAUUUUAUAUCAUUUUAUAGGUAUUUAAAUUAUAAUAAUGUCAUUGAGUUAUACAA